CGAGACUACAGUAACAGGAGAGGCAGCCGAGACUAGAGUAACAGGAGAGGCAGCCGAGACUAGAGUAACAGGAGAGGCAGCCGAGACUAGAGCAACAGGAGAGGCAGCCGAGACUAGAGCAACAGGAGGGGCAGCCGAGACUAGAGCAACAGGAGAGGCAGCCGAGACUAGAGUAACAGGAGAGGCAGCCGAGACUACAGUAACAGGAGAGGCAGCCAAGACUAGAGCAACAGGAGAGGCAGCCGAGACUAGAGCAACAGGAGGAGCCAUGGCAAGCAACAGCUAUACGAAGGUCCUUGUCUACCUACGCAAGACAUCACAGGCAGGAUAUCAAUUAGCCAAAUUUAAUGAAUGUGUUUUGGAUCACUUAGGACAACCUGGUGAAGCUUUAGUUCACUGCCACUUGGAGAACAACCAGUUACUUCUUGAGUCUCCAGAUCAAGAUCAGGAAAAUAGUGCCAAUCUUCCCAGGACUGCUGAAAUGCCUCCACUCUACAAAAUCAUGCAUCCACCCUUCUGUCCUGUACAACACCUGGAUGAAGAAGGGUGUGCAGCACUACCACCAGAGAUCAUCACCAGAGGGAUAGCUGUUGGUGUAGCCAUCUUGCUGGAGUCUAGUGACAAACAUCUAUUACUGACAAGACGAGCAGCGCACAUGCGCACAUUUGCUCACGUUUGGGUUCCUCCUGGUGGUCAUGUGGAGAACAAAGAGAGCUUGGAAGACGCAGCAUUGAGGGAACUUGAAGAGGAAACCGGUCUAGUGGUCACAGCAGCAGAACGUCAGAGCACCAACACUCUGGGACUGUGGGAGUCUGUGUUUCCUCCACUCCUACAAAUGGGUCAACCCAAAAGACACCAUAUUGUUGUAUACUUGCAUGUAAUUCUUCAUAGAUCUUCAGAACAGUUAAAAAGUCAAUUUAAGUUAUGCCCAGAGGAGGUUGAUGCAGCUGUAUGGCUUUCUGUAGAUCUCAUCAAAUUUGCAGUGUGGAAGACAGAUGAGUUUUCAGAGCAAGAACAAGAAAACACGUCAUCUGAUGAAAAAAUUCAUGUUACCCUCGUCAAUCAGGAAGGAGAACAUGUUGCAGGAAGUAUGAAAGCAUCAUUCCUGAAACAGGCAGACCAAGUCACUGAGCUGACCCUGGGAAGAGUUAGCACAGGAAGCAGGUUUGCACUGUCACUUUGGUUAGAACAGCAUUUACAAAAAUCAGAUUUUCCAGGAAGUUCACAAAGAGCAUUAUAUGGUAGAUACAUGAGUCAGUCAGAUGCUGAAAAUCACUGUUACUCUGCCUCACCCAAGAUAAAACCAAAAAUUUAAAUCAUACAAUGCUACUCUACAUAUUGUGAAAUUAAGAACAAUAUUUUUGUACAACUUUUAAAAGUAGAAUUUGAAUACAAAUUAAAUUAUUUAAGUUUUUGAAAAGUAAUAUAUUUUAAGAUGUUGCCAUGUGCACUGCAAUACAGUAAUGUCACAUUUAGCACAUUACUGUGUGUAUGAAAGUAUCUAAGUAGAGAUGUUAUUAUAGAUAUAUAUAUACUGUAUAUAUAUAUUUUUUUUUAUGGGCAUUAGCCCACCCAGGCACAGGUCAUUUUGUAAUGACCCACAUCAAGGCCUGGGGAGCAAAAAUAAUA